UCAAUAAUGAAGUUGAGCCUAAUGCCUCUGAACAGCCUGGUGCUCAAACUUGGGACGCGGACUGAAAAUAAUGGUGUUCCCCGCAGAAGUGAGCAGUCCGGUCACCGAAACUGAGUCCCGGGACUUGGGUUUGACUUUGUAAAUUUGUCCGCUCGAGUCUAGACAACUCUUCGGGCUUGUUUUUGGACUCUUGCUGGCAAUGGCCAGCAGUGGCUGAAGUGUUUUGAUCCAGUCAGUGACAGCCUGCAAACAGCAGGGAGAGCUGUGCAGCGACCGCACUGCAUUUGAUUAUGAGCGUUUGCAAGAACUGAAGGAAAUCUGGGAGCUGAUUUCUUUCUUGCAGUGAAAAUAAUUUGAACACAGUGUGUGGUGGAUCACAACACAAGAAGCCAUGGAGGCCUCACAGGACCUCAACGAACAGAUGGUGAAGAAAUCACACAGUGACUCUCAUGUUCCAGACCUUUCCGACACCAGGUCUAUGGAAAUGCAGGACCUAGCCAGUCCUCAUAAUAACCGUGUGGGAGGUGGAGAUUCCACGGGCUCCAAGCUGGACAAGAACAACCUUGGCAGCCCCUCCAUCACCACCAAUGGAACAGGAGGUGAAAACAUGACAGUUCUAAACACGGCUGAUUGGCUGUUGGGCUGCAGCAGCCCGCCCCCUGCCCCGGGCUCCAAGGACUAUGUGAAAACAGAGCCUAUGAACAACAGUGACACGGUUACUACGACAGGCGACACAGCACUGGACACAUACGCCUGCUCAGUAAUCACCAGCAGCGGAUACAGCCCUCGCUCAGCCCACCAGUACUCUCCUCCCCUCUACCCAUCAAAGCCCUACCCUCAUAUCCUCUCCACACCGGCAGCCCCGCCCAUGCCGACGUACGCUGGCCAACCCCAGUUCAGCAGCAUGCAGCAGUCAACCGUCUACACAGCUUACUCCCAGACAGGACAGGCAUACGGACUGUCCACCUACGACCUCGGUGUGAUGCUGCCGGGCAUUAAGACAGAGAGCGGCCUGGCCCAGAGUCAGUCUCCUCUCCAGACAGGCCUCAGCUACAGCCCCGGCUUCACCACGCCUCAGCCCGGACAGACUGCCUACUCACCCUAUCAGAUGCCAGGUUCCAGUUUCACUCCUUCCUCAGGCCUCUACGCCACCAACAACUCAGUGUCCAACCCCGCCAACUACACUGCCACACAGCAGGAUUAUCCCUCAUACACGACGUUUGGCCAAAACCAGUACGCCCAGUAUUAUUCCGCCUCCACUUACGGGACAUAUAUGACCUCCAACAGCGUGGAUGGUACAGGCUCCACAGCAGCCUACCAGCUGCAAGAUCCCACCCCCGCCAUGACCGGACAGGCUGCUGAACUUCAUCCAGGGGACUUUGACACAGUGCAGAGCCCCUCCACGCCCAUCAAAGAGUUGGAUGACCGAGCUUGCCGGAGUGGGGGGUCCAAGUCCCGAGGCAGGGGCCGCAAGAACAACCCCUCCCCUCCUCCUGAUAGUGACCUGGAGAGGGUUUUUGUGUGGGAUCUGGAUGAGACAAUCAUUGUCUUCCAUUCUCUGCUCACAGGCUCCUAUGCACAGAAAUAUGGCAAGGACCCUCCUAUGGCGGUAACGCUGGGUCUGAGGAUGGAAGAGAUGAUCUUCAACUUGGCUGACACACACUUAUUCUUUAAUGAUCUGGAGGAGUGUGAUCAGGUACAUAUUGAUGAUGUAUCAUCAGACGAUAAUGGGCAGGACUUAAGUACUUACAGUUUUGCAACUGAUGGCUUCCAUGCAGCUGCAACCAGCGCCAACCUGUGCCUGGCUACGGGUGUCCGCGGCGGGGUCGACUGGAUGAGGAAACUGGCCUUCCGCUACCGACGAGUCAAAGAGUUGUAUAGCACAUACAAAAACAAUGUGGGGGGUCUGCUGGGUCCUGCUAAGAGAGACGCCUGGCUGCAGCUCAGAGCAGAGGUGGAGGCUCUGACUGACUCCUGGCUCACCCACGCACUCAAGUCCCUGUCCAUCAUCAGCUCCAGGAGUAACUGUGUAAAUGUGUUGGUGACCACAACGCAGCUCAUCCCAGCGCUGGCUAAAGUUCUCUUAUAUAGUCUGGGAUCUGUUUUCCCUAUCGAGAACAUUUACAGUGCAACAAAAAUAGGCAAAGAGAGCUGUUUUGAGCGUAUAGUCUCCCGCUUUGGCACUAACAUUACAUAUGUUGUGAUUGGCGAUGGGAAGGAUGAAGAGCAUGCCGCCAGCCAGCACAACAUGCCUUUCUGGAGGAUAUCCAGUCACUCUGACCUGCUGGCAUUACACCAAGCACUGGAGUUUGAGUACCUGUAACUAUUAUAGCAAUAUGGACUCAUGCAAUGUUACUAUGGACAUGGUCAGCCAGGCAGCCCCUUUCUUUUGUAUAACUAUUUAAGAACACACACAAUACACUGCAAAUGUUUGAUUUUUUUUUUUUUUGUCUUGUUUUUUGAACAUCUGGAUUUACAAACUCUAAAUGGUCUUAAGAAGCAAGGGAGAAAUGAAAGGAGGUAAAGAAAAGGACAGUGAGGUUAAGAGACGACUCAACUUCCCGAUGCACCCCUAGCCUCAAAACUGUGGACAGACCUCGAGGAAAACCCAGUCUAUUGUCCUCGCAGCUGUAGCAGACUGGAGGCCUGUACAGGCUAAAGACCUCCCUUGGCCUGGGAGACGCGUCUUUGGCCAACUCCUUGAUGUUUGGUUUGCGCUCGGAGCACCCAGGUUACUAUCUGGAGGACUGUUGCGGUUCACCUGGGAUGAGCUAUCGUCACCAAACAGUUAUUUGAGGGCUUUGUACAGGCAGCGUUACGUGUGCGGGGUUAACAGCUGCUUCUAUUUUUAUGUUUUCUUCCUGGUGGUAUAAUAAUCACAACAAUGCAGUCUGUGGCAGGAACUUGUGUAAAUUAUUUACAAUAAACUUAAGGGCAAUGGUGGGUGUUUGUCAAUGAAAGGAAAUGACAUUUUUGGGGUCUUUUUUUUCUGGAUUUUUUUUUGUAUUGUUUUUGGUGGGGGCGGGGGGGGAUUGAGGAUGUGCAUCAUGAUGUGUUGUGCCUUAAUGUGUUUGAAUGUCUUUUCUUUAUUCAGAAAUGUAGAUAUAAAGGAGAAAACUUAUCCAAAUGACCUAUGCAUCUUCUUACAUAAUGAAGUUUAUGACUGGUUAAAUUAGAUUUUCAAUCCAAGAAACUGAGUACAGUCCAAGGCUGCAUAAUAUUUCAGUCCAUUGGACAAUGGUGACAUACA